AUGGCAAUCUCUACUCCUUCAGCUGAUCCCCCUCCGGUGUGGGUUCGAGCCGGUGACCCAGCUGGUGGACCUUUCUACAUUCUGGUUUCUAAUCUGCCUGACCAAACCGACGCUCGAGAAUUUCGUAACUUUGUUUUUUCUCUACUUCAUAAGAAGUCAGAGGUCUUUGUUGGCAUCCAGGGCGAACAGAAGAACAAGGGCUGGGUGCGGAUUGUCGGCUUUAGCCAGUUCGAGAAUUGCAAGAGAUGGCUGGCAAUUACUCAAUACAGGGGUCGUCCCAUCAAGGUCGAUGAUCCUGGAUACAGAACUGGUGGCACAGGAGCCGUGCAGAUAGUCAAGCCGUUCGACCGUGAUCGGCUCUUGAUCGUUACCCACGAAGAGGCGGUGGCUCUCAAUAAACCCCCUGGUGUGCCGGCCCCGGCACGUAACUACACGAUGGAGUCAGCAGCUUGGGGGCACCAAGCCGCAGCAGUUCCUCACAAUGCCGGGGCCAUGAUGCAGCCGGCGCCGUAUGGGGUAGUCAGCUGGAUGGGACAGCCACAACCGCAGCAACACCCCCAACACCAGCACCUUCAGGCGCAACUGAACCUCCAACAACAGCCAGUCACCUCGAUGGCAGCAACCUGGGGGCACCAGGCUCAAGUUGCCCUGUAUCAUGGGCAGCCUCAAGUAGCUCAUGCGGCACAACCUCAACCAGCCCACUCGGGGUAUUAUUCCCAACAAGCACUUCAAGGUCAUCUACAAGCCUCUCUAGAAGCCCAAGCAGCUUUUCAACUACAACAAGCAGCCUGGUCUCAACCGCAUCUCUACGCCGUCCCAUCCAUUCCUCAGCCGUACUUCCAGCCCGUCCAGCCGGGUAUGGUAGCCAGUAUGCCAUACUGGGGAUUCCCGCAGGUGCCGGCCUACUAUGGUCCUCAGGCACAACAACCGGCAUUGAACGAAGCUGCCCAGGCUCAAGCCCAGGCACAGGCUCAUGCGCAAUGGGUAUACCAGCAGCAGCAAUUUCAGAUGGCUUAUGCCGGGAUGUUCCAGGCUGCUCAACAGCAGCAGCAGGUUCAGCAUUCUCAGGUAGGCUUACUUUCUCGAUCACAUCCACCUUUGCUUAUCCUCUGACACCGUUGCGAGCAGACCAUGUAGAGAGCCCACACACGUCCAAAGUCAGUCUUUAUGAGACACCUUGCCAUACAUAGCCUUCCGAUGCCCGAACCUCUCCGCACAGAGCACAUAUCAGCAACCAGACAAAAAUAUAUCCCCCAACAUGCACACAACCCCCCCCCUCUCAUGCUCGACAUCUCUUUAUCCCCCUCUCUUCUUUAACUUCCUUUCUGUUCGGUUUUAACCAAAAAAAUCAAAAAAUAAAAAGUGUUUCUUUCUUUCAAGCGGGGGGUCACCGGAAUCGCAAUCAGGUAAAACAACAGGGGCAAAUUGCUAGGGACAAGAAGGCAGUGGCAAAAUGACACACUAGCUUAGGUAGUUUAGGCGUUUCUUUCUUUCUUUUUUCUUUUCUUUUUCUUCUUUUUUCCUUUCUCUUUUUUUCCUUCCUUUUUUUCUUUCCUUUUUUCUUUCCUUUUUUU